AUUAAACAUGGAGACAAAAUCUGAACCAUAUAGUGAAGACAGUGGGCCUUCUUUAGAAAAUCUCAGGUUGGAUAUUGUAAAAAGACUGGAUGCAACCGAUGAAAAUUAUAGUAGGAACAGUGUGAUGUCAGAGGGCUAGAAAUGUGCUGUGAAAACAAGAUUUAGGUUUUGUUAACUCAAAGUUAUUUAAUUUAUGUGAUAGCUUAGGUAUAAUCUUUUAUGCAGGCCUCUAGAAAGAUGGCACUGAGGCGUUCAGAGCCUUUUAAGAUAAAACUUCUCAAAGAGCUCUAACAACGAGAAUGUUUUCCGUUCAAAUUAAUUCAGUUAAAUCAGGUAGCAAAAGUCUAGUUUGAUUUAACAAAGCACAAAAAACAGAAUAUUUGCGCUGAUAUUCUAACUUUUUAUAGAUUGAGACCAUUCAGAUGUCUUCUUUGCUGGGUCUAUAAAAUUUAUUCCUUGCUCGAAUUGAGAAUGUAGCACUUUUUAAAUAUUUUAAGAAAAAUCUUUAUAGAUUCUCUUAAAAUAACUUUAUAUAUAUUCACCUAAGAAUUAUUUAUGCUCAUGUUUAUAAUUUAUUUAACAAGAGUAUAAUACUCAGAUUUGGUCUGUAAAUAAUUCUGGUAUUGACGCAUACAGCAAGUGCCAUUAUAAUUUUUCUGGUUGAUGAGGAGACCUGGAAGAGACAAAGAAACUUUAGCUGAGCUUAUUGGGGGAUAUUCCAUUUUGUGCAAUGAAAACAUGUUUAUUAUGCAUGUUGAUAAAGAUAAAGAAUUGAACUGGGUGUUCACCAUCACAUGUCAUCGGGAUAAUCAAGAAAAAAGAUUGGAAAGAAUAUAUUUUUUAAAUGAUUAUCCAGAGUUCGCCAUGGAAUAUGUAUUUUUCACACAAAAAGACUUUAUUAAACUCCCUACAGGCUGCAAAGUAUGGAAAAAUAAAAACAGAAAUUUCAGGUCAAUUAAAAUCCUCCUGAAGUUUUGCGCUAAAAGAUAUGGCAACUACUGGCAAGAAGUUAUAUUUGAUUUUGGUGGCUAUCCGAAAGUUACCCGAAAACUUGGUGUUCAAGUUGCUACAGAAGAAAGUCUGCAGCAGACAAUGAAAUAUAAUCCUUCAAAGCAUGAGAACAAUGAGCUUUCAUGGUUGGAAAAACACAAAGUAAUUUGUUUUGAUGGAUCAGUAAGCCCAGGAUUAAACAACGUAAAUUAUCCACUUCCACACAAUAUUGAAAAUCUCGUUGUUUUCGAUGCUUUCAAACAUCUGGAUGCUCAACUUACCAAACAAAAUUACCGCAUGAGGUUACAUACAUUACUUUACAUUGAAGAGUACGAACGUAGAGCAAACUUACAAAGAAUAACUUUCCAUUUGGAAGAUUUAGCUGUUUGUAUUAAAACUCCCAAAUCAAAAGACACAGAUUCUUGGAUUGCUGAAAUAAUUUUCGAUGAGCAUGUCUUGGAAGAUCUGGUAAGACUGGUUGGAAAAACAGGUAAAGCCUUGGUACGGUUGAACUGUUUUGAAAAAGAUGGAAGAGUGGACAAUGAUAUAAUUGUUUAUGAAGUAAUUAUAAAGAAUAUUUUAAACAGCCAGUUAGUACUGGAAUUAAAUAAGGAACUGUUGACGCUUGUUCACGAAUCUGUUAUACCUGUGGAUGUUGACAUCUGCUUUUGUCUUGUUGACACGUUUCAGACUUUGCAUUACACUAUAGAUCAGGUCGAUGUUGAUCUGUUAUUUCCCAUUGUUGCACCAUCUAUAAACCUUCCAUCAUCCGCGGAAUCCACCACUGAUACUUUGUUAAGUAAAGGACAAUGCAGAGCUGUAAACAUAUGUCUUGAUCCAAAUCAAAACGCGCCAGUUUUAAUCUUAGGGCCUUUUGGCGCAGGUAAAACGAGAACAUUAGCUAAUGUUGUUGAGAGAUUGAUUAAAGAUAAAGCAACUGAAAAUCGAGUAUUAAUUUGCACACGUUCGAACAGUGCUGCUGAUCAUUAUAUCGAAGAGUAUUUCCACCCCUUUCAGUCAUUACGUCAAAAUGUAAAUGACAUUGAUCCUCGUUUAAUACCACUACGUGUUAAUUGGGAAUAUCGGUAUAUUGAAGCAGUAUCCGACACAGUUUUAGCUUAUUGUUCUCAAGAUAAAUCGACUGGUUUGUUCUGUAUGCCCAGUAAAGAAGAUUUGGAUAAGCACGCUAUUGUUAUAUCAACCCUGUUUACUUCAUACAUGUUGUCUGAAAUGGAACUCCCGAAAGGAUAUUUCACUCACAUUAUUAUUGAUGAAGCCGCACAAGCUAUGGAAGUAGAGGCUAUCAUUCCAUUCUUGUUGGCGACGAAAACUACAAAAAUUGUGCUUGCAGGUGAUCAUAUGCAGAUGAGUGAGGCGUUGUCAUCCAUAGUUGCCAAAGAUCUCGGCCUUGGAACGUCUUUGUUAGAACGAUUGUUCCAGCGGUACCCUUUUGAUGCUGAAUGCAAAUUAAAGUUGUUGGAGAACUUUCGCUCUUAUAAAGAAAUUGUUGAACUAGCUUCACAUAUGUUUUAUGAAGAUUCUUUAGUGAGUAAUAAGAUCAAAGCAGAUCAUAAUAAAUUUCCCGUGGAAUUUCAUGGAGUGAAAGGAGUUGAAACUUUAUCAAAAGAAAACCCAUCUUACGAGAAUGUAGCUGAAGCAACUGAAAUAUUACUUCUUAUUCGUAAUAUCGUCAAAGUUUGGUCGGACAAAGAUGUUCAGUUUAACUUGUCUUCAAUAUGCGUCGUCUCUUUUUAUCCAGGACAGGUUCGUCGUGUUCGCAAAACACUUCGUCGAAACAAAAUGGCGCAUGUUCGUGUGGAGAGCGUAAAUAAUAUUCAAGGGCUCGAAUUUGACGUACUGAUUAUAUCGACUGUGCGUACACACUGCGAGGCUACCAUUUUUGAUGAUAGCAUGAUGAAGGACAUGGGAUUUUUAAGCAAUCCAAAGUUGCUAAACACAGCUAUUACUCGCGCACGAUUCCAGGUCAUUAUGGUUGGUGAUCCAAUUGCUUUAUGUAUGUUUGGCCAAUGCGUGCCAUGCUGGAAAACUAUUCUUCGAGUUUGCAACGAGAAUUUAACAUUUACGUAUGCCGAUACUUACGAAGAGUUUCUAGUAAGUUUAAAGAAGUUGACGGCUGAGAACGUUGAGGGAAGUGUUGUUAGUGAAUCAUAUGAUUUUGAUGAAACCACAGAAAAAGUUUUGAAUGAUACUGAUAAGAUAGAUCCAUCGAAUGAGCAGCAUGGCUCUGCAUCACAGAUUUCUCAAGAUUUGAAAAGUGAGCAAUCCCACCCUCCGUUGCUGUCGUCUCCUUUCCUUGAUGAUAACACUUCUCCGUUGAUGCAGACAGCCUACGAACCACCAUUAUUUUAUGAUAAUCAAUUCGGAUAUUCUGGUGAUCCGAACACACAUGUCCCACCUAUCCGUUUUAUACCCCCAAGAUCUUUUAUUCAUGCCAGGCAUCAGCUGAUUAAUAGACCCUUCUAUCACGGACAUUUUCAUGCAUUUAACCCUAGACUUCACUACCCCCAUGCACCGUUCGCUGUUUACCGUGGCAUGUUUGGCCCAGCUGGGCACCAACAGCAUCGCAUGAAUUAUUGUCAAAAUCGAUUUGAAAACCGUUUUCAAUUUUUUUAUGGCAACACGAUUUCUCCUUUCACUCAUCUCAAUCGUUUUUUACCGCGUGCGACUAACAUUGUAAACCUGCAACAAAAGAUUCAUUUUAUUGAAGAAUACUGUACGUAUCUCUUGAACAGUUUUGGUGCUAGCUUAGAAGUCAAAAAUCACCUAAGAAAUCGAAUCAAAAAUGUCACCACGGAAGCGCAAAUUUUAUCAGAUUAUCAGGACACGUCGGAUCCAACAUAUCUUCACAUGGCUUUUAGCCAAAUUGAAUCACAAAUUGAAAACAUCUACUUGUUUAGAGAGAAUGAAUAUAUAGAGUACAUCAAGGCUACGGGCAAUAUUGAUUUAUUAAAAACACGAGAGCUUAAAAAAGAGUACGAUGUUUUAAAAACACGUUUUUCCGACGUAGAAGUUUUUCUUGUACAUGAGUAUUAUAGAAAGGAUGCCUUAUCCAAGUGCAAAGAAACCAAAGAGUUGGGAGAUGCACUCGCUUCGUUCUCUUACCUCAUCCAACUCGUCGGGAAUGAAUUCGAAGUCAGCUUUCGUUUAAUGAAUACAAACUCAACAGAAGUGUUGCUUCCUCGAAAAUUAGAAUUUAUCAAGCAGCAGCUAUAUGUUUUAGAAGCUAACCGGGAUCAACUGGAAGAAAGAAUAAACGUUCAAAGAGUAGAGGUCACAGAAAAAGAUGUUUGUGUUCAAACUUCACAAUACCACCAACAAGUAGAUCCUGUUUCAAAGAAUUUAGCAGUGGGAAACGAAGUUAUCGUGUUGCCGAAGUUAUUCGGUGAACAUUUAACGGACUGCGAUAUUGGUGCGUUAGAAAAUAAACUGGCAGCGAUUACAGUGGAGGAUCAAGAUCCAGAUUUAGUAGAAUGGUUUAAAGGACGUCGAAAUGAUCCAUGUGUUAAAGAGUAUGUUACCACCCAUGCAAGACAACAAGCAGAAAGGGUACCUUCUCCAAGUCCGUCGGAUAAUACAACUGAGAAAAAUUCACCUAGACGAUGUAGACGGCGAAUGCGCAGAAGAAAAAGGUGUGUCGGUGAACGUGAAAAAUGCUUUUCGCACCCGCGAGAAAACAAUGGCGAAUCUGAUUAUAUGAUGGUACCGCCGUAUUCGCCUUACAUAGACGACAAUGUGCUGAGUCAGCGUAAUCAUAUUUUUAAGGGUAAGAUCGAGUAUAGACAAACAGACAACUAUAGGACUAUUCAUGGCUCUGUUUACAUCGAGAAUGGUGUGCAGGUUCAUAUCAACGGUUUAAGACGUAACAAUCGCGCAUUGUCUGGAGAUACUGUACUUGUAAGCUGCAAAAUUGUGAAGAACGUGUUUGAUGUUCCGGGCGAGGUUGUGAAAGUAAUAAAACGAAAAAGUUUAGAUUACAAUUGUAAACGAGUAAAUACUGAUUUAGUUCAACCUGUUGGUGUUUUCGGACCAGCUAUUUUGAUAGUACGAGGUGUUGGCUCUGAAAAGAGAAUUUUAGUUGAAGAUCACGUAUACGGAGUAAAAAUCAUCGACUGGCCGGAAAAGAUGAUGUUUCCGCUAGGAGAAAUUGUAAGAAUUUGAUAUAUUUCCCAACAACAAUUUUUUAUUUACGCACCUUUUAUGCAGCCUCGUUUCAAUGAGUUCAGUCUUAUUUACUGCAAAUAAAUAAAAAUAUCAUAUUCAUUUUGAAAUCCGUAAAAAAUAUUGAAAUUUCACCCAAGAGAGACCCACUAAAUAGCGCGGUCAGAAUACCUAGCGUGCUUUUUUAUUGGUAACUUCUUGUUCUUUGAUCACGUGAUAAUUGUAGGGUAAUCCUUUAUCCUUUAAUUGUUUGAGCGCGGAUGGUCUCUCCUACCCAACAAACAUGAUAAAUUUACUAUUUAAGAGGGUAAGAUGUGGCCACGUUAAUUAGCUGGGCUAAUAACAGACUUGAAUAAUCCCCAAAACAGUUUAUAGCUUUUUACUUUUUAAACAUGAAUUUUUAGAGAUUUUAAAAAUAUUUAAAAAAAAAUUGAUUCUAAAUGUAAAUAGAAAUGAUGAUGUAAAAUAAUUUUUUAACUUGA